CUUUUUUCCUUUUUGUUUUUUUCCCUAAUCUAUUCCUCAUUGUUUACUCUUACAUGGGUAUAUUUCUUUUUUAAUUUUUCGCUUUUCUUUCAAAAAGUCUGAAUCUUGAAAAGGGAUCGUCUUCAUUCCUCUAAUUAUGUGUUUUUCACCAAUCAUUUGCUACAUGGGUUUAGUCUCAUUUGUUCUAAUCUUCUGUGUCGAAGUUUGUCUUUCAUAAGCCUUUCUCUUGUUUUUUUCUUUUAUUGUACACGUGAUAUUGAUAUAGGAUUUUGGUUGUUGUUUCAAAUUGUUUAAUCUUGGAAUGUUUUCAAGCUUGUAUUGAUAUGUUGAUUUUUAUUGAGGGUGGAUGCUUGCAUAUCGUUGUAUUUUAUGCUCCGUUGAUGAAAAUUAGGAUCGUGUGAGAUUGUGAAAUUAGGGGAUGUUAAAUUUGCAGGAUGGGUAGGGUUAAGCUAAAGAUCAAGAAAUUGGAGAACACAAAUGGCCGUCAAGCGACCUAUGGUAAAAGGAAACAUGGCAUCAUAAAGAAGGCUAAGGAGUUAUCGAUUUUAUGUGACAUAGACAUUAUCCUUCUAAUGUUCUCACCAACUGGCAAGCCUUCAAUAUGCAAAGGAAAGCGGAGCAUUGAAGAAGUCAUUGCAAAAUUUGCUCAGUUAACACCUCAAGAAAGGGCAAAAAGGAAAUUAGAAAGCCUUGAAGCACUCAAAAAGACCUUUAAGAAGUUGGACCAUGAUGUUAACAUCCCUGAAUUUCUGGGCACAAGUUCUCAAACAAUAGAGGAGCUUACAAACCAAUUGAGGUUAUUACAGAGUCACCUUUCUGAAGCGCAUAAAAGACUGAGCUAUUGGACAUGUCCGGAUAAAAUUAACAGCAUAGACCAUCUUGGGCAGUUAGAAAAUUCACUCAGGGAAUCACUUAAUCAAAUUCAAGCUCAUAAGGAAUAUAUAGAAAAACAGCAACUUAUGUCGCUAGAAUGCAAUAGUCAGUUCCAGAAUGGGAUGCAUUUACCUUUCAGAAUGGGUGCUGAACAGCAGCUUCCACCUAUGCAAUGGAUCCCUAAUAAUGACAGUCAACAGAUUGUGUUACCAGAGGAUCCAAAUCUACUUCCUCGUAGGGAUGUCGAGUGUUCUGCAAGUUCCUCCUUCGGGAGUUAUUCUGGUUACUUUGGCACAGGAAAAAGUUCAGAGCUAUCUAAUUCCAGUCAAGAAAAUGGUUUGAAUGGUAUCCUUAACGAGUUAAAUGGGACUGCAUCAUUGAGACUUCAGCUGGCUGGUCAGUAUCCUUACUUGCCAUACAAUCUGAAUAUGUUGAAUGAUACAAAAUUCCAGCCGGCAGCAGAUAUGAACAUACAAGAAAGCCCUGUGGAUUUUCACGUUAAUGGAAGUUUUGAAGUUCCCAAACCUGGAUAUGAUACCACUCCUGGUAGCUGGGCUUCUUCAUCAGGACCAUGUGCCGUUACUAUGUUUGAUGAGCAGUUGUAUUCCCGGCAGCCACAUUGAGCUUCAGGUAGGAUCUUACUGUUCAGACACUGAUCUUGUUGCUGGAUAAAUUGGCCAAAUUUUCCGUACGCUAAAAUUUACAGAGUCCACCAAAUGAAGCUGCCGUAUUUGCAAUGGAUUUUUAGCCAUGCAGAACAUGAGAAGCAGUCAGUGAGACAUAUACAUGUAUUUGUAUGGCAUGGAAAGUGAAUAGGAAAUGCCCUGAUAUUGGUCACUUGUUAGAAUGAGAUUGGUGCCGACUCCAUGGAAUGAGGCAUCACUUCUGUGAGAUUACAAUAUCUUCUGUAUACAGACUAUAUAAAAUAGUAGGUUUUGCGGUGUUAUAUUUUUUGAUGACAAGGUCACCUGUGGCAACCAAACUACUGCCUCCUUGUCCAACCCCUAAAGUCUGUUCUCAGCUGUAAAUUAAGAAUCAUAUAUAUAUAGCAAUAACCAUAUAGAUAUUUGUUGUAAGUCAAAACCACAUUUAUGAAUUAAACUUGUUUGUAAACA